GAAGCGCAGUGCCGUCAACGCGGAUUGUUCCAUUGCAUAUCGCUACAUCUCAUUUUGCAGAUAGCAACAGCAUUCACAAAGUACCUAACAGAAAGAAACGUCAGGCUGUGUAUAUUGCUGUAGCAUCAAUUAAAGCUGCUCUAAAAGUCCGGCUUCGUGAAAAGGUGAUUUAUCUGUGAAGUGCAUGUCAGCUGAUCAGAAUAGUCGCGUAAAACGCUCAGUCCCUGCCAUAAGAAAAAAAAAAAGAGAGCAACUAAACUAGAAGAGAUACUACAUUAUCACAUUGAAAAUUUGAUACGGCUUAACGCUAAUUCUUCAAUUUGCGUGAUGUCCAGACUUGUGAUAUUUGGAGGAACUGGUAUGACCGGUCAAUGCGUUGUGAAAUAUGCACUUGAAAAAGGCCUAAAAACUCGAAUAAUGGUACGGAGUGAAACGACUGUACCGGAUUGUUUCAAAAGCCAGGUAGAAGUGUUCAAAGGGGAUGUUCUAAAUUUUGACGAUGUAUCUCGGGCAACACAAAAUCAGGAUUUAGUAUGCGUUGUUUUAGGAACACGAAAUGACUUGGCAUCAACUACAAUGCUGUCUACCGGAAUGCAAAAUAUUGUAAACGCUAUGAAAACAGCGAACAUGAAAAAAGUUUCGGUUUGUUUGUCUUCAUUCCUAUUCUUUGAGCCAGAUAAGGUACCAAAGAUGUUCGCUGACCUAACAGCCGAUCAUCGACGCAUGUUACAAAUAAUACAGGACUCAGGACUAGAAUACAGGGCUAUUUUACCUCCACACAUUGCAGAUGAACCAUCGACAGAGUAUGCCAUUGCCUAUAACAAAUCGCCUGGAUUUUCUCGUUUAAUUUCGAAAAUUGAUUUGGCAAAAUUUCUUAUAGACUCAUUAUAUAAUGAAGAACACGCACAACAAAUUAUUGGUAUUUGUGCAAAGACAGUUGCAUGAUUGUUAUGAUCAAACGUAAUAAAUUGAUUUAUAUUUAUAUAUAUUUAUAUUCGUAA